UGUUUUACAAAUUACAAUAACGGUAGAUGAAGGGAAAAAAUGUCGGUGAAUCGGAAAAUGGGCAGCAGAGAGCAACAGGACAUUCACGCAGCGGCGAGGUCCGGCGACCUGAUUGCAGUGCAAUCGAUUCUUGCCUCCAAUCCUCUUCUUGUCAACUCUCGAGAUAAGCACUCAAGAGCUCCUCUGCAUUUAGCGGCAUGGGCUGGGCAAGCUCAGGUGGUAAGUUAUCUAUGCAAGCAAAAGGCUGAUGUUGGUGCGGCGGCCAUGGAUGACAUGGGUGCGAUUCAUUUUGCUGCCCAAAAGGGACAUUUAGAAGUUGUCCGAACUUUACUUAUGUCAGGGGUUUCUGUCAAAGCUGCCAACCGCAAGGGCCUGACCUCACUUCACUAUGCUGUCCAAGGAUCCCACUUGGAUCUUGUCAAGUACUUGGUAAAGAAGGGUUCGAGUCUCAGUGCAAAGACCAAAGCAGGAAAAUCUCCUCUUGAUCUUGCAAGCAAUGAAGAUAUCCGCUUGUUUUUGGUGGAAUGUGAAAAAUCACUCAAGCAAGGAAAUGCAAAUGUUACAGAGAAGGAUGAAAAAGUUGGUGCCAAGCCAUCACCACAGGAUGGAGCCGAAAAUUCUGGUGAAGAAGAUACUUCUGUUGAGCCCAAUGAAGAGCAUGAUGAAGGUGUGAAGAGGAAGAGUGUUGAAGACGAUAGUCAUGAAGCACCACCAGAACCCAAAAAGACAAGAGUUGCACUCAAUCAUCUUCUAAGUGCAGAUGACACUGAAGAAGAUGCAGAGUAAAUUUCAAGGUUAUAUAGUGUAGAGAGUAUUUUUUUAAAUUUUAAGGAGAUAAAUGUGUAGGGAGUAAGGAAACUACUACCUCUUACAUGACAACAGGAACUACUGUUACAGAAGCAGCAUAACUAGUUCUUCCACCUGUAGGUUUAUUACUUUGUUCUUUCUUAGCGGUUUCUUGUAGUGUUUCCCUUUCUUGCUGGAUUCAUACAAAAAAAUGUUACUCCCCGGCGCUGCUAUUCACAAGGGCAUCUGACAAGUGACAAUACCAUGACCAUGCCAAUGUUACUACA